CCGAAGCGUCAAAUUGCCCCAAAGCCAAAGUGUAAUCAAAGAAGGCAUUCGGGUAGAGAAAUUUCCAAAAAAUUCACACCUGAAUCCACAGCCAAAACCAACCAAGAAAUUCAAGAAGAAACAAGAAGAUCUCUAUAGCAAUCAUGGUGCGCAUCAAGAUGGCGCUACCCCAAAGAUGGACUGGAAAGGCAAGAGUGAAAAAGAAGAAGUUCCACAAACCCUCCUGGACAAAACUAUUCUUAAGGGGUGAAUCUUCAUCUACCACUGCGACAACUGGAAAAUCCUUAGCACACUCACUUCUCUCAGAUGAUGAUGGACUGCAUCUUCCAAUUUUGCAACCAUCUGAAGUGUUGCGAUUGGAAUACACUCCAAUCAAUACAGAAGAAUCCACAAAAAACCCUAACUCAAAGGGGGGAAUCUGUGAAGAGGAAGUUCUAGGAGAGAUUCUUGAAGAAGAAGAACCGAUUGUUGCAUGCUCAGCAGUCCCCUUUCAAGAUUCUACAUCCAACACAAAGGAAGGAGACACAAAAAGGAGAAACAACACUGGACCUACCCGUUGGCCUCUGAGACGGACCAGAUCUCUUCAACACACAGAGAAUUCACAAAAGGAGAAAACAGAAGUUAAAGAGUUAGAGAAAAAGGAAAAGACGAUGAAGCCUCAAUUUGAGCCCAAGAAGAGAAAAGAAAGUGAGGUUUGUCCUUCACAAAAACCUCCAGUAAAGAAAACAAAAUCCACACCAGAUGCUCCAUCUUCAUCCAGACGGGAGACCAGAAGUUCAAAGAAUUCACCAUCAAGCAGCACUCCAGGGAAGCAAUCUGUUAAACUCUUUCCCUCUAGUAUUGCAAAAUCCCUUUUUCUUGAUGUUGUGAAAAAAUCAAUUAUCCCUCAAAGGAAUCUUGAUGUGUCUGACUUUAGCAAGAAAACAAACCUUCUGCCCACACUGAAAUCAAACAAAUUGCUAAAAUCUGUCACUCUCCCUGGUUCAUAUGUGAAGAAAGUUAUUCAAGAAUUCUAUUGCAAUUUAACUGAGUCAUGUGUUACUGAAGAUGAUCCCUCAUACCAGAAAGUCUUUGUUCGUGGAAAGUUCUAUGAUUUUUCUCCCUCAGUCAUAAACUCUUUUCUUGGUACUGACCAAAAUCCAGUAAUCACUCCUAUUGAUGAGGAAACUGUGUGGAGUGAUCUCACCAAUGGACUUAAGGACUACCAACAUGGAAAGUCCAAAGUACAUUCUUCAGUGCUGAAAAGUUCAUAUGCUCUCCUUCUAAGAAUUGCUGCAUUCCACUGGAUGCCCACUACUCACACCAACACUGUUCCAUUGUGCAUAGCUAACCUAAUCUACAGAAUCAAAAACAAAGUUCCUUUUGAUCUUAGUAGGGUUGUAUUUGAUCAGGUGAUGGCGUUUGCAGCAGAAAAAUACAAGAAGAACAAGAAUGGUCUUCCAUACCCACUGUUGAUCUAUAACAUACUGAAGGAUCAAGGCUUUGAGAAGAAAGAAGAUGAAGAAGAAGAGAUCAUUCCUCCUCUGCUGCAAGUGGAUGCGAGACAUCUUGAAGGAAGCCACUACAAUGACAUGGCUGCCGCUGGAACAUCCUCAGCAGAAACACCAAAUCCAGCCUCAAUAGAUUAUCAGCUCAGCUUCCUUGAAAAAGAGAUCAAAUCCCUUCAAAUGGAUGCGGAUUAUCAUCAUGAAAUUGCCCAAAGAUCAACUGAAAGGAUGAAUGUGCUUAUCCAGAUUGCAAAUAACCUGAGGCAAACGAAGAGUGCACAGAGUAAGGGGGAGAGACUGGCUAAGCAAAAGGCAGUUGCGGCACACUCAAGCACAGAUGAAGAUGAUCCAGAAGACAGUGCAGAAGAGAUAUCAUCAUCAGAAUCAGCAGGGGCCUCCCAAAAAUCAUCAGGAGGUGACAGUUCAGAGGAGUAAACACUGCCUUAUUGAUCAAACUGUUGCUCUAAAACAUUUUUUGUGUGUGGAAGGGUUGUUCUGCCCUAUUGUUUUAUGAUGCUGAAGACAUUGCAUGGUUUUUGUUGAACUUAUCUGUGCCCUGUGGAGAGAUGGUUUUAUUCUCUAUGUUCACUAUGAAGUUCUGGUUGUAACCUC